AUGUUGCACCUCGUCUCUUUCCACCUCCUAGGAAUCUGGCUGCUGCUGAGCCACACUUCUGGAGUGGUACCUCCUGGAUGGCUGGACGAAGUUACUAAGCUAUGUGGCCGCGAACUAGUCCGAGCCAGGAUAGAAAUUUGUGGCAAGGUCUUGUGGGAACCCAGGGCUUUGGGCCAAAAGCAAGAGCGCAUUCUCGGAUCUGGACCAUCCACAGAAAUCACGCCAUCCUCUAUCAACAAAGAUGGAGGCUCCCUAACUACGUCGGAAUUCACUCCUAAUUUGCUACAAGAGCUGAAAGCAACAUCAUUACCACAGCUACAACAAUAUGUACCUGCAUUAAAGAAUUCAAGUGUUGGAGCUCAAGACCUUAAAAAAAUUAUUAAUGAGACACAAGAUGAAGCAGAGGACAAUGGUCAUUCAGUACUAAAGUACUUAGAGUCGAAUAUUCGUUCACUAAAGAAAAGAGAAACCAGUAAGAAAUGUUGCCGAGUUGGUUGUACCAGAAGAUCUAUUGCUAAAUCAUGCUGA